AUGGCUGAUGAGGAGCUCGCCUUGCCUCUGUGUACCCGCUUGUCGUACUCGGUGGGCCACUUUCUCAAUGACUUGUGCGCGUCGAUGUGGUUUACUUAUCUCUUGGUUUAUUACCACACGGUGCUGGCCAUUAACAACUACAACGCGGGCAUCCUGCUGCUCAUCGGGCAGAUAGCGGACGGAAUCUGCACCCCGCUCAUCGGCUACGAGUCUGACCGCACUCCCGGCUGCGGGAGAUACGGCAAGAGGAAAACGUGGCACCUUAUUGGAAGCACCAGCGUCCUCCUAUCCUUCCCUUUUAUUUUUAACCCUCCCGUGGGCAGCAGUGAAAACGUACCACAGUGGGUUGAGCUCAUUUACUUCGUUCCGUUUAUUGUUGUAUUCCAGUUUGGGUGGGCUGCGACACAGAUCUCCCACCUCUCCUUGAUACCAGAGCUUACCUUGAAUGACCAUGAGAGGGUUGAGCUCACUGCUUUUAGGAAUGCUUUUACUGUUGUAGCCAAUAUAGCAGUUUUUGGGAUUGCGUGGUUGUUGUUUCACUUUCAAGCUGCUCACUCAGAUCCAGAUGUUGAUAACAGUUUGGGAAAACAAGAUAUUCCCUUAUUCAGGACACUAGCUCUGAUUGUUAUUGGCAUUGGAUUUGUAUCUUCAGUGGUGUUCCAUAUCGGAACACGCGAGAAGGUGAAAAGUGAAGAGGAAUGUGUUGUUGCUGAGCAGACUCCACUCAUCGAUUCCAAUAAAAGCCAGCCAUUGCUGCAGUGGAAACAUUGGCUGAAGGAAGCAUCUUUCUAUCAUGUGGCAUUUUUGUAUAUGUGCACUCGACUGAUCAUCAACCUCUCUCAGACCUACAUUGCCAUGUAUGUAACCUACACUCUGAAGCUUCCAAAGAACUAUAUUGCCAUGAUCCCUCUAGUGAUAUACAUCAGUGGAUUUCUAUCCUCAUUCCUCAUGAAACCUGUGAAUAAAUGGUUUGGCAGAAAUAUGACCUACUUUUUUGGACUUGCACUGAUCCUGGUAUUCGCUUAUUGGGUCUGGUUUUUUCAACUAGAGAAGAGCAUCUUUGGAGCAGCAGUCCUUCUCGGUGCUGGCUCUACCACGAUUCUAGUGACCUCUCUUGCCAUGACGACUGAUCUCAUCGGAAAAAACACUCAAAGUGGGGCCUUUGUCUAUGGUUCCAUGAGUUUCACAGAUAAAAUAGCCAAUGGCCUUGGAGUGAUCAUUAUCCAGAGUCUUCACCCCUGCAAGACUGAAAGCUGUUGUGCACAGUGUAGUCCAUUUUACCACUUGGUGAUGGCAUUAGUGACUGGUGGCGUUGCCUGUGUAGCAUUGAUUUCUUUAGCAGCUACCCGAAUUUGGCCAAUCAAGAUUAGAAGAUGGUGAAAUGAAGAUGGUAGGAAUGUUGAAACCCAGAAUCAGUGACUGACUACACGUACACUCGUUAAAUAGAAAACAGAAAUUUACUACAUGAAACAACUCGCAAAAUUCACUAAACGGGGGGAACAAACAAACUACAAACAGGAGAUGCUCAGCGAUUAAACCUAACCAUCGUAUUUGCACUAAAUUUGCUAGUCAACAUUUUAAAAAUAAAAUUAAAAAUAGUUUAUUUUAAAUUUGAUAAACAUUAAUGUUCAUAUUUAAUGCUAUCCUAAAAUAAUUUGUAUUUUUUUAAGUUCUCAGGAUUUUCCAAAUUGCUGAGCAAAUUGAAUUAUUUGAGCUGGUAUCACUGUUAUAAUGCCAGUCUGUGCACAGCAAUAAGAUAAAUGAGCAGAUAAUCUGUUUAAUAUUGGUCACGGCAAGUAUUGAUCUGAUGGGGCUUCCCCUGCUCUUCAAAUAACACACCCUGAAUAGGGUUUUUUAAUGCCUAGCUGAAAAGAUGAUUUGUUUUUAAUGUACUUUCCAGAAGACUCUCCCUCCACUCUGUCACUUAUGCGCUGAGGCUAAAUCUAGGACUUUUGGGUUCUGCCAUAGAGUCUGGACCAACGCUGCUACUGCAUGUAGAGUAUGCAACUUAGAGGAAUUCCACUGUUAUACCCCUGUUCAAAGUCAGGAAAGAUAAAUAGCAGUUGGCCUAAAGUCAGUGGAGAAACUUUUUGAAAUGAUAAUCUGAGGCAUAAGUUUACUUCUGUGGGAGGAGUUAAUAAAUGGCCACAUCAUGAAUUUCUGAAAGGCAGAUUAUGCUUAACUAGAUUUUUUUCCAGAACUAAGGGUAGAUGCUCUGUAUAUGGGUUUUCAAUAGAUUUAUUAAAGAGCCAGUUAAUGAAUGUCAAAAUUGACUCCUUUUUGAAUUUAAAGGGCCAUUGGUAGCAGAGAUACAAAUUUUGUUAAGAGGAAGAAAAUAGUGGUGGAAGCAUUUUUUAAGACUGAAAAUGAGUAUUCACUAAUGUUACCGAGGAGUCAAUAUUAAGGUCACUGCUCUCUUUGUAAGUUCGUGAUCUCAAUUUAAGUAUUUUGGACAUUAGUUUUAAAGUUUGCAAUGAGGAGGAUAGUAGCAGACUUCAGGAAAUGUUUUUGGCAAAAUGAUCAGGGUAAUGUGAAGUGAUACAAUUUUGAUGGGACCUAUUGACUGUGGUACCAUUUUAAAGGGGAUUUGGAGAUUGAAUUCAAUAUAUGUACACCACCUUUUGAAGGAAAAGUUCUGGGCCUUUUUUAAACUGAUUUAGCAUCCUUGUCUUUGUGGUACACUAUCAUUAAUUCAUAAUAAAAGUUCAUUAUGUAAGCAGUGAAUAGGUCCCAGCUAAAUUGUUCUGUUUUGGACAUUGAACUUCAGGAAGGAUGUUGAGGCCUUCAAAAGAUGCAGUGUCUCAAAUAGUGUUGUUGCAAUUUGUACCAGACGCUGGUGAGAGCAAUUCUGAAGAGCUGUGUACAGUUCUGGCCCACCCUUACUCAAGUUAAUGGCAUUGGAGACUGUUCCAAGGAGUUUCACUAGAUUAAUUCCAGAGAUGAAAGGCCUUUAAUUUGAGUGGCUUCGACCUAUGAACACUAGAGUUUAGAAGAAUGAGAUAAGAUCUAAUCGAGGAUGUGCAAGAUAUCAAAGGGAAUUGACAGAGCAAAUUUGACCCUGUGUGGGGCAAUCUAGAAUGAGAGGCCUUAGUUUUGGGCUAAGGGAUGGCAGAAUUGAAACUGGACAAAUUACAUUCAUCAGCUGUUAAGAGAAGUAUGGAAUUGAGUGCAAUGGCUGCUGAAUAAAUUGAGGUGGUGGACAGACUUUAAUUGGUGAGGGAGUUAACAGUUCUGAGCAGCAAACAGUGAGUUUGAGGCAGGGAUGAGGUCACUUAUGAUUGUAGUAAAUGGUGAAGCAAGCUCAAGUGUCUGAAUUACUUGCUCAUGCUCUUAGUUCUUUUUUAAUGUUCUGAAUGAUGGCACCAGAAAUGAGGCUUCAGUUAAAUGGAGAGACUGGUGAAGCUGGGGUUAUUCUCCAUGAGGUUUAGGGUUAAAGAGAGAUGUUAUGGAUGUUGUUAAAAUAAUUUGUUUAGUUAACUUCUCUUUUUACUGUUUCAUAACCAGAUGGUAGAAAUUUAAAGUAAAAGGCAAAAGAAUGGAAGCUAGCUGAAGUCUUUUUUAAAACAGCCAAUUGUUAUAAUCUGGAAUGAACAGCCUAUGGAGUUGGUGGACCAAAGAUUCAAAGGGAAAUGGAUAAUACAUAAGUGUUAACAAGGGAAUGGGACUAGUAUAAGUAAAGGGGGCUUAAUUAGCCAUCAGAGGGCUAGCAUAAGUACAGUGGGCUGAAUAGCCAUCUCUUUUUUUAAAUUGCACAACUGGUGGUUAAUUAAAAUGUUGGGAAGACUGACCGUGUAGGAGCCCUGCAAAUGCUAGCCAGCACCUGCGAAAGUUCAGAAUAACAGCUGAGCUUUAUUUCCCUGUUUGUUUGAUUGACAUUCAUCACAACCAUCACAAUAUUUUAAUUUAGUCUUUCCAACAGAUGAAUAAAUGAUGCACUGUCUGAAGUGUUAUCUUUUCAGGUGAGAUUUUAAACCUUGGUCCCUUAUGUCCCCAAAAAACAACUGGAGAACCUAGUAUUCUCGUCCGUCCUUAUCGCCUCAGCUGGUGUUUUGAGAUCUUGCGGUGUAUAAAUUGGUUGCUGAGUUUCUCUACAAAAGUGACUAUGCUUCAGAGAAGUAGUGGUUUACGAAAUGCUCUGGGACAUCCUGAGAAGUGUACAUCAUUUCUUUGUCACUUCAUUUAAGUUACCUGAGGAGAAUGAUGCUCUUUUUGAUUUUAGCAAUGCCACUUGUCAUUUUUUUCUUUUUAAAAUGUACCUGCAUAUUGUCAGGCAGAGCUGUUGCAUAUCUCCUGAAACUGAGAGGAGGUAUGAAGGUAAAAACGUUUUUAGGAAUUUAAACAAGUACAAUCUUUUCACUGAUAAUGGUGUCAACUUUUUUCUUAAAUGGCAUAUUUUAAUGUCUUUUAGCUCAAUUGGCUGGGCAGCUGGUUUGUGAUGCAGAAUGAUGCCAGCAGUGUGGAUUCCAUUUCUACACCAGCUGAGGUCACCAUGAAGGUCCCACCUUCUCACCCUCUCGCCUGAGGUGUGGUGACCCUCUGGUUACACUCACCACCAGUUGCCUGUCUGAAAUGAGAGGCUAACUCUUUUUGGUCCUCUGGGACCAUAGCAACUUUAACUUUUCAAUCCAACAAUGAAACACUCCUUUUGACUCUAACUGAAUUUUAAAUGUAAAUUUAUUCCCAUUGCAGUUGACUAAAUGGUUUGCAGGUUUAUCCAAAUAUCCAUUAUAAAACUUGCUAAACAUUUAAUGUGGAAAAUGGUGCAGAUAUAUCAGUAUAGCAAAAUAAGUCUCUUUUAGUGACAUUCUUAACUACUGUUGUGAAACUAAAACCUCUAGCAAUAUCCUUUACUGAAAUUUGAAGCAAUAAUUUCUGGCAUUAUGUUCUAAAUGAAGUUUCCUAAUAUUGUGUAAUACAACAUGGACUCCGACUCGUUCUAGAUGAGUUCACAUCAGGUAUUUGAUGUUUUUUUUGUUCUCUACAUUAAAUUUUAUACUGAUAAUGAAAAGUUGCAAUCCAAAAAUCCAUAAUGAAUUAAAAUUCACUUGAAGCAACUUACACUAAAAAUGUAUUUCAGCAUUUAAGUUUACUAUGAACACAGGCAAAAUUUGAAUAUUGAAGACCACAUAAAAUUAUUCUUUAAAGGAUGAUGUUGACCAUUGCUAUUUAAUCUGUAGUUUUAAAUGAAAAUUGUGUAAAACAUUUUUGAACAUUACAGCAAUUUUAAAUCAAUUUUUGUCAUUUCACAAGUCAUUAAAAUAUAUUUUCAAAUGAAGCAACACAAUAGAUUGUCAGUCAUUGGUAAUCUCACCUAAUACUAAAUCUGCUUGUAAGUACAGUCCCUGUACCAGGAGCACAAGUAAAUAAAAAUCUGUAAACUUUGGAAUAUUAGUUGGGGAUCAUGAAUGCUAGCUGCUAAACAUUGUCAGUGAUUUGAAUUUCUGACUUUAAAUAUAUUUUGUUUUUUUGUUUAGCCCUGAAUGUUCAGAGAAUAACUUUCAACAGCUAGUACAUUUUGUGCACUGAGUUUUUGUAAUGGAUUACAGUUAUCGCUUCCAAUAUCUGAAAUGUCUUUGGAUUUGAGAAACAGACAAGUUCUUAAUGUCAUGAUGCCACUGUACCCAUAGAUGUCUGUUUUAACUUGUUCAUAGGUUGUGGGCUUCAUUGGCUAGGUGAGAAUUUAUUGACCAUUCCUAGUUGCCCUAGAAGAUAGUGUACCUAAAUUCUCACAUGGUUUAGAGGCAACUUGAUUGAAAUGCAAGGUCCUGGGAGACAUUGAAUGUGGGAAGGAGGUUUUCUCUUGUGGGAAGAAUCUAGAGUGAGGCAACACUUUGAAAAUAAGGAGCACUCGUUUGCAACUGAGACACAUUCUUUUCACAGGAUUCUAUUUUCAAACUUUGUUUUCUGCCAUAUUUUAAGGGAAUGUGUCCUAAAAUAUUGUUAGGGCAGAGGCUGAUUAGAUUUAUGGUAAGUAUGGGGGGGGUGCGGAAUGUUGCUUUUACAAUCCGAUCAGCUGUAAUUUUAUUGAAUAGAGAAACAGUUCAAAGAACUAAGCGGCCUACUCUAAAUUUGUUUGAUGCCUCGAAAUACAUUUAUUU